AUGACUUUAGAAAGACUCAAUGGCAGUUAUGAUGAAUCUUAUAGGCUGGUUCCAGCCUUUUGUGAUAUGGUAGAAGCAACUAAUCUUGGUUAUGUUACAAAUUACACUUUUGGAAGUUUCAGUGAGGACAAAUGUUUUGAGUCCACGAUGAUUGCAUUUGCAGCACCAAUUCAAGGAUGGAAGGAUGCUGGUAGACCAAUCAUUGAUUUUGAUGCCUUCCACUUGACUGGAAAACAUGGUGGAUGUCUAAUGGCAGCUAAUGGUUUAGAUGGACAGAAUGGGAUAGUGACUCUAGCCAUAAAGGUGGUCAGAAAUGAACGUGGGGAAAAUUGGCACUUAUUCAUGAAAGAGCUAAAGCCACUUAUUGAAGACCAUCCUGUUGGGAAGCUAACCUUUAUCUCAGACAGACAAAAAGGUCUCCAAGAGGCAUUGGAUGAAGUUUUCCCAGAACAUUUCAAAAGAUACUGCCUUCGUCAUAUGUUCAAGAACUUGAAGACACACUUCAAGGGAUCAAAGCUGCACUACCUUGUAUACAAUGCUGCAAAAUGCUACAAGGAGAGACACUGGAAGGCAAAUAUGGAUGAUCUGAUCAAGUUUUUCUCAGCUGUUGCAGCUUACAUGAUGAAAAAAAAACCGGAACAAUGGUCUAGGGCUUUCUUUGACCCAUCUGCAUGUUGUGAGCACUUAAACAACAAUUUUUCAGAGUCCUUCAAUAACAUGAUUAGACAUAUGAGAGACAAGCCUAUUUGUGCCCUUGAAAUGAUGGUUAAUGGAGCUAUUAUUGAUAAGUUAUAUGAAGAGACUUCAAAGACCAAUGUUGUAUUUCAAGUUGAUUCGGUUGAGAAGACUUGUUCCUGUGCUCAAUGGGGUGGCAGGGGUUCAAGAGGUGGAAGAGGUUCUAGGGGAGGUAGGCCUGCUGGUAGAUCUGUGCAACAUACAUUGAGCCACACCAUCAGUGGUGCUGUUGGGUUGUCUCAGACUCUUUCUAAGACAUUUAUAGUCCCUAAACCAAAGACAAAGAAGAUGUUUAUGGUGCUUGUUUGA